GAGUGUGACUUGGCCACGAAUCUGGUGGGGCAGCCGCUGGUGAGGCAGCAGGUGAUGAAGGGAGUGAGGGAGUUCCUGGAGAAGCAGAACCCUGUGAAACCCCUCGUGAUGUCCUUCCACGGCUCGACGGGAACAGGCAAAACCUACGUCAGCUCCAUGCUCGUCCGCUACCUCUUUCAGGGUGGGCUCCAGAGCCCCUACGUUCACCAGUUCUCUCCAAUCGUGCACUUCCCCCAUGCUGAGCGGAUAGAGCAGUACAAGGAGAACCUGAAGCGCUGGAUCCAAGGGAACUUGACAAACUGUGGACGGUCGGCCUUCCUCUUUGACGAAGUGGACAAGAUGCACCCGGGUCUGAUCGAUGUGAUCAUACCAUUCCUGGGACCCUCGUGGGUUGUGUACGGGACCAACUACCGCAAAGCAAUCUUCAUCUUCAUAAGCAAUGCAGGAGGGGAGCAGAUCAACGAAAUGACAUUGGAUCUCUGGCGUGCCCGCAAGGACAGGGAGGAGAUCAGCCUGCAGGACCUGGAGCUGGCCAUCUCCAAAGCCGUGUUUGAAAACCCUCAGAGUGGAUUCUGGAAAUCUGGGAUCAUUAAUGAACAUCUCAUUGAUUUUGUUGUGCCCUUCCUACCGUUGAAGCGCCACCACGUAAAGCAGUGUGUCGUCAGUGAGCUUGUCCAGCAAGGCCUCGAAGUACGUCCAGGUGUUGUCCAGGAGGUGGCUGACAGCAUCCCUUACUUCCCGGAAGGAGAGAAAAUAUUCUCAUCAACAGGCUGCAAAACAGUGGCCUCUCGGAUCAGUUUUUUCUUCUAGCCUUGGUGAGGGCCUUGCCCAGAUCCACAGGGGGUGUAUAUGAAGCUGUAAAGCAGCAGAGCCUAGCGGGAUGAGCAGUGGGAGCUGUGUGUUCCCUCUACGCAGCACAAGCGCUCUCCUGCUGAGCUCGUCUCUCCAGCCCCAAGGAGGC